AUGGUGACGCAUCAGGAGCCUGGCGGAGGGAGUGGAUUCGAUAUUGCCUCCUCCGUCCCGGUACCGCCUGUAGUCAGUUUGUCGCUCGCACGUUCCGAUGGUGACGGUAGAGAUACAGCGGAAGAACAACAACCACCACCGUCCAGCCCCCUGGAUAAUGUCAGUGGCCAGCUGCAAAACGGCGGAGACAAUGCAAACGUCCAAGGAAGCGCGAAAGCUACCGUGCACAUUAAUGGCGUUGCGGUGGAUCACUUUCAUCAAAACUCGGACGUGGAUGACGAUCGACGAUCACAGUGUCAGAAUAACGAAAUUCAGGGUUUCAUUUCGUAUUCCUCUGACAGCAGCAUGAUCGAGCUGAAUCUGAAGUUCCGUAAAUGCGCCUGCAAUGAAAACAUCAUCAACAUCUCCAAAGAAAAUUUACAACAGAUGCAACGAAACAGUCCAACAGGUGCAGCGGAAUCAACUAAUGCUGAGAGCAGUGUCGGUACUGCGAUUGUUGGUCCGGGUAACGGUGUUUUGAGGAAAGAAGGUAAAAGUAAAAAAUUGCUAGCCAUUAACAAGGACAAUUUGAAUAGGUUAGUGCGCAAAUUAAACGAUAGCACGGACAGCCCAUCCUCAUCUUGUACAAAGUGUAGAUUAUCAUUAGACGUCAAGCAUAUUUUAAAGCAAAUUGUUAACAUAAAAACGAAAAAUGAAACAGUUGAAUGUGACGGCAUAGGUGAAUCCCGCUCGCCUGGUGCAGACGAUUCUUGUUCGCGUCGUUCAGCGCUACCGCUCACAAUCGACGACUCGAUGAUGGGGCUACGUGCUGAUGAUUCGUUGAUCGGAAGCUCGGCCUCCCCGCUCCCUUCGCCGAACUCUCCUGUGCCUGUAAUUGGUCCGCUCGAGCGACGUCACAGUGAAACGGUUGAGCGACGUUCGAUCGGUGUUCAACACGCCUCGAGACAAUCUCGCAAAAAAGCUCCAUUACUGCGUGCGCACGGGCGAAGCAUACCUCAGGCAGAGGAAAUCAUCAUAAUUUCUGACGAAUUCAGACGGCAAUCGUUACGCGAUCAGCAAUCGAUUCGUGUGCAGAAAAGCCCGAAGAAAAUUUCCAAAUCGAUGGAAAGCAUUGACAAGCGGAAUCCGCUGUCACUCUCCCUUCGGCCGGUCGCGAUAAGAAGCUUCCAGAUGCCUAGCACCGUGCACGGUUUAGAUCCAGCAGAUGAAAUGCUCACGAUAGUGGUCAAUAGGAUCGAGACCGACGAUACCGGCACUUCGAAAUCAAUAUCAAAAUCUGUCGACGAUAUGUCGCUCGGGCCCUCGGGAAAAGGGGAAGAGCUGUCCCCUCAUCCCAAAUCCUCCGAACCUGCCAGCGAUGAUGUGGAGCUGAUAUUUAUUUCGGACGAGUUUGUCAAACGAAAGUCCAAAUCUAGCUCUGACGUUAUUAUCGUCCAAAAUGCAGCUGAUCGAAAACGCGAAAGUAGCAGACGUAAGAAACCGACCAAAACCCUAUCAGUUGCUGGCGUAGAAGGGCACACUACCGAACAGAAAAAGCUUACCAAUACUGGCCGACCCUCUAGCACCGAAGGUCGAAUUGUGAAAUCUGCAACUAUACCGGUGGCAGCAUCGCCUGGUACAAAAGCAAAAAAUGUCCGCCGCAAAACAACAAUCUCCAACUCGAAUAGUUUUCUUACGUAUGAGGAACCGUUCUCGCCAGAGACGCUUGAAAAUAAAGACAUUGGACAGCUGUUCGCCGAGGCAUCGAUCGAGUAGACCGGAAAACGUGGCACAACAAGAGAAUCUUCAAUAUUACCACUUUCUUAGAGUGCAUGCUUAUUUCUAUUGUUUACUUGCGAAGGAGAAUAUCGAUCGAGUUUGUUAAACAUGUCUGUGAAUCUUCCAUUUAUGUGUGUCCUUUGUUAUCGCUCAAAUUUGAAAGGAGAUGUGCAGGCAAUUAUUAUUGCUGUUGUUUAAUUGAGUUUAGUCAAUCGCACAGAAUAUGCUCAUUGUUUACUGUUAGUAUUUUUUAAACUUUAUAAAGAAACAAACAUUAUCCUAAUACUACCGUUCUCGGCUGUAGCACGUUUGGUUAAUUUUUUGAUACGUUUGUUUGGGAUGUUGUCUUAAAGCAGUUAACAAAUCUCGUUCAACUCUCUCAGGUUGGGAUGCUGAUAGGCAAACAACAUGUUGAUGAUAAUAGUGCAAUCAUAUAUAGAUAUUGAGCAUACUCUAUAAUUUAUUACAUAAUACAAUCAAUAUUUUAGUCUAGUGGCAUGGGACUGAUAGUAUCGACUGAAUAUGAAAUUCAUUUAAAAAGUCAUAUUUUGAAUCCUCCUUGUCUCAUGUAUAAUAAAUUUAUAUAAGAAGGUAAAUAAGCAUUCGAAAACAAUAUGAUACAGCAAUAAGUGGAAUGUUUUCACAAACAUGAAGUAUGAUACGAACAAUAUAGCACACGGAGAAGGAAAAAAUGAUCAAACUUACACUUACAUACCCUCCCCCCUCUCACCGACACACACACACACCCAUAAAAUUUUUCUACGCACAUGGCGAAAUUAGCAGUAAUUCUAAAAAUGUUUACUGAAUGUAGCAUAUUCGAUUUGUAAGCUGCACCCGUAACACUUUCACGUAGUCUGACACGGAUAUUCUUUUCCAAAACCUUAUUUUCAGAUCUGAUAUGAAUCGUAUGCACACCAAAAAACCGUCCUUCCAUUGUUUGUUGCAUUUUGUAACUCAGGCAUUCUUGUGAACAUUUCCUGCGCUCAAAUGCCGUUACAGCACUGAAAAUAUUACCGGCAACAGCAUUCAAUUUACAAAAGGCUAAAUAUGCUAGAAUGGAGAAGUUUUACUUCUUUCGGAAUAAGGCGUGUCUGUGUGAUACAGGAGAUUUUUUGUUAAAAAAAAACAACUAGGUAUAUGCAACACGCGCGUGUAGAAAAGAAAAAUAUGUUGUGCAAUGUGAUGAUUUUGUUUUCGUUAUUAUAAUAAUCAACUUUUUGUGUAGUUGUGUUUUAGUUUAACAGCAACUUCUUUAGUUUACUUUAAUAUUUUACCAUUGCCUAACGAAAUGAUUGGUUUCGAUGUAUAUUCGACAAGCGUACGGUAUAGCCUGCUGUAGAAAUGUAAAACAAGAGAAUAUGUUUAUCGUUUGACGGUUUAGUUAUAUCACGUAAAUAAGCAUCCAGAGUUGUACACGUUAUCUAGGGAGAUAAACGAUGCGUUUGCCAGCAGCAAUGUAAACUUUCGUACAGAUGGCUAUUACAAAAUCUUCCAUUCCCUCCGAGUUACUUCCACUUCGUGUCAGUUUUUUUAAAAAUUAGCACAGCAAUCCGUAACGAAUUCCUGAAUUCGCCACAAACAUAAUAAGGAUAAAAAUGUUAGCCUUAUAAUUUACUGAGCAUAGUUUCAACUAUCUCUAACAUUUGUAAUUAGAGCAUAAGCUUAAGUAAAAGUGUCGUUAAUUAUCAAAAGACUUCCUGUAUAGUAAAUCUUUCAUAAGUCACAGGUUAGGCAUUAUCUAGCUAUACGCAAAAGCUAAUGGCGAAGAAGAUACCCAAAGACUAACGACGGCUCAAAAAAUGAGACACACAUUUUUCUUUUAAUGAAUUACUAGAUGUACUAUUCGCCGUCGUUCUUUAUGAUUAUACACAAUUCGAUCAACAAUUGUAUGUUGUAAUAUUUAGGUGUGUGUAUGUCUGUGUUGUUAGAUGGAGAGAUUUUUUUUUAUCCGAUUGUACAUUUUAUAUGCAAAUGUUGGGUUUUGCACAAUUUUUUCCUUGAAAUUGUUUUAUAUGUUGUAAAACUAUUGUUAUAAAAUUGUCAACUACGGUAACAACAAACCCGUACGAAGUUAAUAAAUCAAGGCAAGAAAUUUAUAGACACGACGACGUACGGACAAACAUGCGAAUAGUGCAGAUAUUUCUGGUAAUUAUAAGUUUCAGUUUAUGACUACCCUACUUGAUAAAGUUGAACGAAUCGUACCGGAAUGGAUCGGGUAAGGAAGAACUGGAUACAAAAAUAGCAAAAUAAAGCGAUGGUACGCGUUAACGUAUGCGUUAAUAGA